UUUCCCCUCAUCUUCCACCACCCGCUCGCCGCAGAAACUCCCUCUACCAAAUUUCCCCACUCUUCUCGAACCCUCGCCGCCCAAUCCGCCGCCGCCGCACUAAAUCUCAAGGGUCAAGCCUCGUCACUGUGAAGAUAUUCUUGAAAAGGUGCUCGACCAUUUUCCUGCACAAGAACAAGAAGAACAAUUUUAACUCUAUAGUGCUAAACCAAGAAAUCUACCAAUAGCGAAAAAUGGUCGAGCACCUAUUCGAGGAUAUCUUCACCGUGACGCGGCUUGACCCUGAUGGGAAGAAGUUCGACAGAGUUAGUCGCAUUGAAGCUCGUAGUGAGCAGUUCGACAUGUACAUGCAGCUAGAUGUUGCUACUGAGGUCUAUCCGAUGCGUCCUGGCGACAAAUUCACCAUGGUUUUAGCUCCUACUCUGAAUCUGGAUGGAACUCCAGACAUUGGCUUCUACACACAGGCUGGUAGAAAAACACUUGCUGACAAGUAUGACUAUGUCAUGCAUGGAAAGCUUUACAAGAUCUCAGAAGACGGUUCUGGUGGCCAAGCUACCAAAGUCGAGAUCUAUGCAUCAUUUGGUGGCCUCUUGAUGAUGCUCAAGGGUGACCCCUCCACUGCUGCCAACUUCGAGCUGGAUCAGAGACUGUUCCUCCUCAUACGAAAGGUGUAGAUGUGUUACCUAAUACCUACCUAAUAGCCAUUGACGGUGGUUCAUUCUGGGGCUAUGUUCAGCCUGAUCUCCAAUUUGAUGGUUCCCCUUCAUGCUAAUUGUACACCACACCUGGGUGGCAGUACUACUUUGU